UGAUUAAAGUUAGAUCCCAGACACUUAGAUUAUAUAUAAAUCCAAAGGGGAAAAAGCCCGGCAAAGGAAAGCAGCUGAUCCGCCUAACAGGUACACACCCAAACAGUACAGACAUAGUACUGGAGCCACCCACUUGCAGAACCCAGUCACACCGGUGGUCACCGGUCUUAAUCCGAUAACUCGAAUUAUUGGGACUAAGGAGGGGUUCACAUUAUUAUUCUACUUUUUCAUGCUUAAUUGAUGGAUUGAUUCCGGGAGAUCUGGCAUAAUAAGUAUUGGCCUUUUCCUUGCUUGCCUUCUUCUUCUUCUUCUACUCUACUCCCUUCCUAGUCCAUCUCCUGCUCUCCAUUUUUCCGAAGCUUAUUGCUACAGUUGUGAAAUAAUUUAACUUUUUGAAGAAAAGGGGAGUGAAAGUUGUAGCCCACUAGUGUUGUCAAGUAGUACCCAGUUAACUAUAUAUGAUGAGCACGUAGCAGGAAGGGGACAGAGGAAAGCAAGCCAGCCAGCCAGCCCCACUCCCACCCUGCAUUUUGUGCGGCAUUCCUCCUCCCGCCGACACGCUUCCAUCUCCAUUUUCUAGCUGCCUGCUUCUUCUCCUGAUUGCGAGAUUGGAAGGUGGGAAAUGGUGAGCAGCAGGGUUUUCAUGAUUUGGGUCUGGGCGGUGGUCGUCGGGAUACCGGCUGCUACAGCGGCGACGGGAGAUGGGUGGUUCCAUGGGGAGCGAGUGUACGAAGAAGCUGAAGAGGCGGCGUUGAUAUACACCAAUGUCACUGGUGUUUACUCCCCCAAGUUUCACGGUAAUGAAUCCAAAGCGGUUUACUCUCCGCUAAUGGUCGGUCUCACCCUCAUCCCUGCAGCUGCGGCCACAGGAGCUGUUUGCUUGGAUGGAACCUUGCCUGGGUAUCAUUUACACCGUGGAUUUGGCUCUGGAGCAAAUAGUUGGCUAAUCCAAUUGGAGGUUUGAUUACUUUUAAGGGGACUCAUGAUUGUAAUAUAAACCCUAGCUGACUGACUGACUUGCUUUUCCUAAUUGGUGUGAAGCUGGAAAGUAGCCUUCUCUUUUGGAAACUGAAUGGCUCUGGCUUAUAGCGAAAGAACCCAUUUCAUUUGGUGCCCCUUUAACUUGUGCAUGCAGGGAGGAGGGUGGUGCAACAGCAUUAGAACCUGUGUAUACCGCAAAACUACCAGACGUGGUUCAUCUAGAUACAUGGAGAAGCAAUUGGCUUUCACGGGGAUCUUGAGCAAUAGAGCUGAAGAAAACCCUGAUUUCUACAACUGGAAUCGUGUAAAGGUCCGGUACUGCGAUGGUGCUUCAUUUCUCGGCGACAGUGAAAACAAGGCAGCACAGCUGCAAUUUAGAGGGCAGCGGAUUUGGGUAGCUGCAAUGCAAGAUCUUAUGUCAAAGGGAAUGCGCAAUGCCCACCAGGCUCUUCUCUCAGGGUGCUCUGCUGGGGGCCUGGCUACUAUUCUACACUGCGACGAGUUCAGUGAAUUGUUCCCCAGGACAACCAAAGUGAAGUGCCUGAGUGAUGCUGGCCUGUUUCUUGAUUCACUCGACGUAGCUGGGGUCCGUACCCUCAGGAACAUGUACAGUGGUGUAGUGAGUUUGCAGGGGGUGGGAAAGAACCUACCUCGUGUGUGCACCAACCAUCUGGAUCCAACUCUGUGCUUCUUCCCUCAGCACAUAAUUGCUAGCGUUAAAACGCCGCUGUUCAUUCUCAAUGCGGCCUACGAUUCCUGGCAGAUCCAGUCCAGUUUAGCUCCACCCUCUGCAGAUCCCCAUGGCCUCUGGAAUGACUGUAGAAAGAACAAUGCAAGAUGUAAUCCAUCACAAAUCCAAUUUCUGCAAGGUUUCAGGAACCGAAUGUUGAGAACCGUGAGAAGAUUUUCAAUGUCUAAGGCGAACGGGAUGUUCAUCAACUCGUGUUUCGCCCACUGCCAAACGGAGAGACAGGAUACGUGGUUCGCUGAUGAUUCUCCUGUCAUCCGGAACAAGGCCAUUGCUCUAGCGGUUGGGGAUUGGUAUUUCGGGCGUUCAGCAGCACGAGCUGUCGACUGUGCGUAUCCAUGCGACCAGACUUGCCACAACUUGGUCUUCAAAUGAUACAGAUGCAAAGGCUCUGCAACCAUAUAUCAACUGUUUGUUCACCUUUCUAUAUGAUGUUGGUCGUUGGAAUGAAGGAAAAGAAAGUGGGGUGGUAUAGCUAUACUGCUAUAGUAUUGUUCUGUGAGGUUCUCGUUCCUUUGGUUAUUGUUUCUGUACGUAGUUGCACAUUGCAUACUGGGUACAGAAGGUGAAAGCUCAUAGAAUAAUCACCACCUUGGUGAGCUUACGCGUCGCGCGCCUCUCCACAUUUCCAUGUUACUACUCUAUUUGUUACGUAUUCUUUAAGGGUAUUUUAGUAUAUUUAGUUGACAGGUUGAUUAGAAUUUCGUGUCGGAGUCUAUACAAGUGUACUUAAUCGGAUAAAAUGAUGCCGAAUAUUAAGAAAGUUACUCGUUUUCUCUGCUUCAAGUUCCAUCUUCCCUCCUGUUAUUCUGUAUUUGCAUAUUUUCCUGUCUACAUCCCUAUUUAUGUUCAAUUCUCUACCAAUCCUACUUGUUGGGGACAUCACAAAUGGGAACUGUAGCUAGAAGAUGAUUUAUAUAGUGCGGGCAGAGGCACAUGGAUGCAUGAAUUGGGCUGGUUGGUUUCUUGUAUAUAGGACCUAGCAGACAAAACGGGCCUAAUUGCGUGCCAAACCC